CUGGUCGUUCGGGGUGCUGAUGUGGGAGAUCUUCACCCUGGGGGGCUCCCCGUACCCGGGCAUCCCAGUGGAGGAGCUGUUCAAGCUGCUGAAGGAGGGCCAUCGCAUGGACAAGCCGGGGAACUGCACCAACGAGCUAUACAUGAUGAUGAAGGACUGCUGGCACGCCAUCUCCUCCCACAGGCCGACCUUCAAGCAGCUGGUGGAGGACUUGGAUCGCAUCCUCACCCUCAACACCAACGAGGAGUACCUGGACCUGUGCGCCCCAGCAGAGCAGUAUUCCCCAAGCUUCCCAGACACGCGCAGCUCCUGCUCCUCCGGGGACGACUCCGUGUUCUCCCACGACCCCCUCCCCGAGGAGCCCUGCAUCCCCAAGUACAAGCACAUCAACGGGGGGGUCACCACAUGACUCCUGCAUCCCCUCGCCCCCUCGCCCUCGCCUGCCUCCAACCUCCACCCCAGCCAUUCAGCCAGUCGGCCAGCCAGGAAGCCGGCCAGCAAACCAUCCAGCCGGUCGACCAGCAAACCAGUCAGCCAGUCAACCGGCGUGAAAGCCAGCCAGUCGGCCAGCAAGCCAGUCACCCAUCGCUCUAAGCCCGCCCUGGUCCCCCCUCUAGGUUGAACACACCCCACCGCCCACCUCACCAGUAACACAGAGACCCUGUGUGCAAACGGAUCCCUCACUUCCUGCCACGCAUUUCACCCAUGAACCCCUCUGGCUCACCCCAUGGACUAAAGGACCUGGACCCAGGCUCGCCCGGGGUUGGUUGCAGUGGUGCUGCUCCCCCACCUCCCCCUCUCCCUCCCCCCUCUCCCCUGCCCACUGCACACAAGGGAAUGUUGACGUGUGCGCACAAAGACACACACCGUAUACACGCACACGCGUGUCCGAGGAGCAGACGAGAGGAGCUUUGGGCGUGUAUCCUUAUCGGAGUUGGACUGAAUACGUUCUCACAGGGGACCUCUCCUCACUCACCUCUGUUGACCCAUUAAGCCCCGCCCCCUCACCCCCUCACUCACUCACUCACUCACUCACACAGGUUCACUUUGCUUCUUGUGUUUGAAUCCGGAGGGCUGAGAUUCCUCUGGCACUUAUUGCGUCAUUCCGGCUGCUGGCAUUCCAAGACUUUGAGAGUAGCUUUUUGUUAGUUUGUUCUCCCCACCCACCCCCACCUCCUGGAGCAAUGCAUGCUGGACCAUAGCGAAGUGGACCGUGGAAAGUUUAACCAUGGGACCGUGCAGACCUGGGGUGAAGGGAAAGACAAUAAGUAGGAAGCUUUUAGUGCACCGCAGGAGAGUAGACUAACAGAUACGGAGGACCUGAAAGAGGACAGCUAGCGUACAGACACUGCCACCUGGGUAUUUUUGUAAUAUUGUUUCAUUUAUUUGUAUCCCUCUCAAUAAGCCUGCAGAAGACGCAGGCUUCAAUACACAGUAUAAUGUAUAGUGCUGGGUAUAUUUGUAAAUAUAUUCAAAAAUGUAUAAAUAUAUAUAUUAUAUAUUUACAGUGAAUUAUUUUUUGUAUGAACUCCACAAUAACUUCCUUGCACGGCUCCCUUUCCCUACUCCUCACACACACACACACACACACACACACACUGACACACACAUACAGGGACACACCUGUAUGUGUGUGGUUGCAGUGGUGAACCACAGAACCACAGACUCACAGACGGACACACAUACAAGGAACCACAAAAAGACAAACGCAUACACGGACACACACACAUACACAGACCCACAUACACACACACACUUCAUUAUUGCAACCAUAUCCUUAUAACCCCGAAGCUCUUGUUUCUCUAUCACUCAGUAACACGGUGGAGUUAUUGGCUUUCAGGGACCAAGGUAGCAUGUUAAUUUAUUGACUUACAUUUCUUUGUUUUGGGAAUAAGAAUCAACAACUGAAAAAGAAAUGUAUGGAAGAAAUUAUGCUAUUAAUGAUGCUGGUAAUACAUGAAUAAUCCAUUAAAAUGUAUGGUAAAUUAAGAUGAUCUCUUGGCAGUAAUAGAACAAAAAAGCAAAUUUUAGUGGGUUGGAAAGAUCCAGGUUUUGUAAGUUUUUAUAUAUGAAUGUGAAUAUUAAGUUAAAUUUUAAAUAAUGUAAAUUUUAUAGUCAGCUAAUCCUUUGUAUGUAGAUGUUCCAUUUCCAUGUCAUUUUACUCUUUUCUUAGGUUUUACAAUAGGAAAUGAGAUGAUUCAAAGAGAGAGAAAGAGAUUUUGGAAAUAGCAAUCUGCGCAGUUAUUUAGAACAAAAUAUAGAUUCUAAAUUUAUUUUACAGAAUUGAAAGUUGAAAAACAAAGUAUUAAAUCGUUCAAAUGUUUUUCACUUAUUUGUUUUCUACUGGACCAACUUUAAGGUGUUCAAUGCAGGUGUUUGUGCCACAUUUGCGAAAUAAAAGAUGCAAAAAUUAAAGAAUCCAUUUUUUUCUCAUCCA